AUGUCCGACACCUCAAAUGUCCCAGGAGGCCAUUUCUUCGUGACCCCGCGACACGACGACACGUACGAGUUCAUCAACCCUCUCAAGGGGGACCCCACGAAUCUAAAGGUCCUAGUCACCGGCGCCAGCAAAGGUAUCGGUCGCGCCACGGUCAUCGCAUUCGCAAAGUCCGGCGCCGCGGCGAUCGCGCUGCUCGCUCGUUCGGACCUCGAUGCCGCGGCCAAGGAAGUUGUCGAGGCAGCGAAACAAGCCGGGCGCAAAGACACGCCCAAGGUGCUCAAAUUGCGCGUCGACACGAGCGAUGUCGCCGCCGUAGACAAGGCCAUCAAGACCGUGGAACAGGAGUUCGGCACGCUCGAUGUGGUCAUCAACAACGCCUCGAGGAUGGAGGUGUGGAAGCCCAUCCACGAGACCGACGUGGAGGACUGGUGGUCCACGUGGGAGGUCAACCUCAAGGGAACAUACCUCGUCACUCGGGCGACAUUGCCGUUGCUCCUCAAAGGGAACGGGAAGACAAUCAUCACCAUUUCCAGCGCCGGAGCAUUGACGACCUCGUCCGGCGGGAGUGCGUACCAAGGCACCAAGACGGCGCAGAUCCGGCUGAAUGAUUUCCUGAUGAAGGAGUAUGGAGACCAAAGCUUGCUGGCAUAUGCCAUCCACCCCGGCGGCGUCAAGACCGAGGUGGGAACCACAAUGCCAGACUACAUGCACCACCUUCUGGUCGCCGAGCCGGAACUUCCUGCCGACACGCUCGUUUGGCUCACGAGAGAACGAAGAGAGUGGCUGGCCGGGCGAUAUGUCAGUGUGCCGUGGGACAUGGAAGGGCUGUUGGCCAAGAAGGAUGAGAUUGUCGAGAAGGAUCUACUGAAGCUCAAGCUGCGGGAGUGA